AUGAAAUCUAUGGAAUCAUCUAAAACAAACGAUCACAUCAAAUCUUCAUGGAUUUGUGGAAUGAGAAAGAAAUCUUCAUUCAUUACAUUAGAAAAUGCAGAUUUAAUUGUUCAACAAGCUGAUGAUUAUUUAGAAUCACUUGUUAACGAUAAAGCAUUUAGUGGUUCAAUUCUAUUAGCUCGAAAUAAUCAAAUUUUACUUAUAAAAGGUUACGGUUGUUCAGAAUACGGAUGUCAAGAAAAAAAUACAAGUCAAACAAUAUUUCGUAUUGGUAGUGUAACAAAACCAUUUACAGCUAUAAUGAUUCUUAAAUUACAUGAAAAAAAACAACUAAAUCUUAAUAAUAAAUUAUCACUUUAUUAUCCUGAUUAUCCACAUAGUAAUCAAAUAACAAUAAAAUAUUUACUUUCAAAUACAUCCGGUAUUGAAGAUUAUACUGAAAUGGAAACGUUUGAAAGAAAAUGUCAAGAAGAUUUAACUAUUGAUCAAUUAAUUGACACAUUUAAAAAUGAACCAUUAAAAUUUAAACCUGGAUCGAAAUAUAGUUAUUCAAAUUCAAAUUAUAUUUUAUUGGGCUUAAUUAUUGAAAAAGUAACUGGAAAAUCAUAUGAAACAAAUCUUCGAGAAUUUAUUCUUGAACCAUGUUGUAUGAAUGACACAGGUUAUGAAUGUGAUAAUAAUCCUAUAUUAAAUACAAAACAUAAUCAACGUGCAUGUGGUUAUAUAUGUAGUACAGAUUCAAAUUCUUUUGACACAUGUCGUUUUAUAAAUAUGUCAACAGUUCGUAGUGCUGGAGGAAUUUAUUCAACUAUUGAAGAUUUAUAUCGUUUAGAUCGAUAUUUAUAUGGAGAAAAACUAUUAAAUAAUCAUACGAAAAAAAUUAUGUUUAAACCAGUUAAAGAACAUUAUGCACUUGGUUGGGAAGUCGAGCGAUUAAAACAUAGAAGAAUAAAACAACAACAUACUGGUGAAAUAUUUGGUUUUUACAGUUGUUUAGCUCGGUUUCCGAAAGAUAACGCGUGCAUUAUUAUAUUAACUAAUUUAGAAGGAAUAUCAGUUCAUGAUAUACUUGACAGUUUAACUGAUAUUUUAUUUCAAGAAAAAUAA